AUGUCCUCCUUCCGGGGCUUCCUCUACGGCUACUUCUGCCUUGUCAGCCGAGCGGCCACCCGCUAUUCCCUGCUGCUCUGCCAGCGGGCGGUGGGGGUUUCCUUCGCCCUGCCGGGGCUGCCAAUGCUCGGUGGUGCUCGCCGGCGCCUCCUCGCCUCCCGCGGCCUGAGCCCCGCCGCCCGCUGUGCGGCGGUAGGGCGGGGAGCGGCGGGGGCUGGGCUGUGCGCGCCGCGGCGACGGGGCUGCGGUAGGCUCGGGGCGGCGGGCGGUGGAUUCCGGCCGGCGCGGGUGGUGGUGGUGGUGAAGACGACGCGGUACGAGUUCGAGCAGCAGCGAUACCACUACGCCGGGCUCUCCGAGGAGGACCUCAAGCAGCUGCUUGCCUUGAAGGGAUCUAACUAUGCUGGUCUACUGGAGCGGCAUUGCAUUCAUACAAAAAAUGUGGAACAUGUUGUAGACAGUUUACGGAACGAGAGGAUAGAAGUUCGUCUUGUUAAACGUCAAGACUAUAAUGAAGAGACAGUUCGGUGGGCAGAUGCUGUUAUAUCAGCAGGAGGUGAUGGUACAAUGUUGCUGGCAGCCAGUAAGGUCUUUGAUAAAUUUAAACCAGUUAUUGGAGUAAAUACUGAUCCUGAAAGAUCAGAGGGUCACUUAUGCUUGCCUGUGAGAUAUACGCAAUCGUUUCCUGAAGCACUACAGAAGCUUUAUCGUGGUGAGUUCAGGUGGCAGUGGCGACAAAGAAUCCGACUGUAUCUUGAAGGAACUGGUAUUAACCCUACCCCUGUAGACUUACAUGAACAGCAGCUAAGCCAAGAGCAACACAACAGGGCUCACAUAAAUGAAAGAUUCCAGGAUCAAAGAUCUGACAUUUCUGGUCCACAUCUUUUACCAGUGAGAGCACUCAAUGAAGUCUUCAUUGGGGAAUCUCUUUCAUCCAGGGAGAACUUUAAGUCCUGCAAACCCAGUUUUAAAUUCUCGCUUCAUAGGGCCUCCUAUUAUGAGGUAUCAGUUGAUGAUGGUCCUUGGGAAAAACAGAAGAGUUCAGGGCUUAAUGUGUGUACUGGAACAGGAUCAAAAGCAUGGUCCUAUAAUAUUAACAAGGUAGCAAAUCAAGCUGUUGAAGAGAUCCUUAAGAUUGCUAAAAAGCAUGGAAGCUUGAAUAUGCCACUGAACAUGGAACUAGUACAAAAAGUAACAAAUGAUUUCAAUGACUCCUUGCUCUACAGUCUAGAAGAACCAAAGAUGUUUUUCAGUAUUCGAGAACCUAUUGUAAACAGAGUUUUCUCAAGUAGUCGGCAGUGUGGUUUCUCUUCAAAAGUCUGCGUCCGUUCCCGUUGUUGGGAUGCAUGUAUGGUUGUAGAUGGAGGAACAUCUUUUGAGUUCAAUGAUGGGGCAAUAGCUUCAAUAAUGAUUGAUAUAGAGGAUGCACUGUGCACUGUUCUGCUGGAAGAAUGAAGGACCCUAGUGUAUUCUGCUGAAACAAUU